CAACUCGUGAAAUUUAAGAGUUGUACUCGCCCUUAGAAUUGCAGUGUUUUUUCAAUGGGAGAUUGUCUCUUCGGGGAUUUGUCAGACAACCCAAUCCGCCUGUGAACUUCCCCGUUUGCUUGUUGUCUGUAACUCAUUUAUCUUCCGGAUUGUGUUGGACACUAUAUUUAAGGGGGGGAGAUAUUUUCACGAAGCCAGACACGGUCCUUGUUCUUCUGAGAGGUUCUGUGGGUGAGAACAACAGAUACAACUACACUCAGUUAGAGAUCGCAGGUCUCAAGCUCCAAUAUCGUCUGCAAUCAUGAUCAAAUUGUUGAGUGUGGCGCUUGUUGCAGGAUUGGUUUUCGAAAGCAACCAGCAGAUACUGAAACCCAAUUUAGUGAAACCACUUCCUACAAAAUUACCCUGCGUCUAUCUAACCCACAUCCAAUGCUGGACGAACUGGUUUGACAGAGAUGACCCCUCUGGAACUGGAGACUGGGAAACCCUCUACAAUCUUCGUAUUGAGAACCCAGGAAAGAUCUGCCCCGAACCAAUCCAGAUCGAGGCCACGACUCUGUCUGGGGUCAGUGUGGCUGCAGCCGGGGAUGUGAUUUUUCAAAACGACGCAUCUUCAGGAUUCAUCUGCAGAAACCAGGACCAGACGCUCAAGAAGCAGUGCAACGAUUAUCGCGUUCGCUUCAGCUGCCAUCCCCCGUUCUGCGGUGGAGCGUGCUGGACCAAGUGGUACGACCGGGACUCUCCCACUGGGACGGGGGACUGGGAGCUUUUGAGUAACCUGAAGGCAGAAAACCCAGGACAGAUCUGUGACAACCCGAUUUACAUCGAGGCUGUUACCACUGACACCAUGACCCCAGCCAUCAGCACAGGGGAGAACUUCUACGCCUACAACCCAACUGUGGGAUUCGUUUGCCGAAUGGAGGACCAGAUAUCCGGCCAAUGCCUCAACUAUAAAGUGCGGUUUGGAUGCCAAUGCCCGUGAUACAGCAACACCGAGGUGCGGCGGCGAGAGAGGACCCCUUUUCCAAUUUUUAUCUCUUAAAUUUGUAUCUGCUCUGUCUUUUCUUGUAUGAUUAUAUGAUUUACUUCUCCUGAUUGAAGAACCACACAGAAAUCAGCCUUUUUCACGGUAAACUUGUGGUAAUUUUAUCAUUUCAAUCAAUUCUUCUUUUUGUGAAACCUCAUUGUUAUCUUCAGUGGAAAAUACCUAUUAGGGGCUUUUUCUUUUGCUUUUCCUGAUCUCGUGUGACGACGACUGUAGAAGACAAAUCACUAGCAAUA